UUCACAUGUUUAAACGUCAAAAAUCUUGGCAAACAACCAAGCUCCAAUGUUGGAUUUAGCUGAAAAUAAUAUCGAGGAUAUAGAGGAUCUCAUCUCAGAAGACGAUGUGAAACCACGUGAUCGCUAUAACAAUAAAAAGAGUGUAUCCGUCCGCCCAAAGAAGCGUCCAAAAAUUACUUGUAAUGAUGCAGAUGGCAUACAUCAAGAUAGGCAGUUUCCAGAGAAAAGAACUUACGAAAGCGUGAUACCAGGGACUCAGACGGUGUAUGUGAAAACGUGGGGAUGUGCACACAACAACUCCGACUCCGAAUACAUGGCUGGGCAACUUGCUGCAUACGGCUACAACCUAACAAACAGCAAGGACGAUGCCGAUCUUUGGUUACUUAACAGUUGUACGGUGAAAAAUCCAUCUGAGGAUACUUUUCGAAAUGAAAUUCAAUCUGGAAUGGCUAAUGGAAAACAUGUUGUGGUAGCAGGAUGUGUACCGCAGGGUGCACCCAAGUCGGAUUACCUACGUGGAUUAUCGGUUAUUGGCGUUCAGCAGAUUGAUAGGGUCGUGGAGGUAGUAGAAGAAACAUUAAAAGGCCAUAGCGUACGGCUUUUACAAAAUAAAAAAGAGCAAGGCAAGCGUGUAGCCGGUGCACGACUAGCCUUACCAAAGGUGCGUAAGAAUCCUUUGAUCGAAAUUAUACCUAUCAACACAGGUUGCCUUAACCAGUGCACCUACUGUAAGACGAAACAUGCACGGGGAGAUCUUGCUAGUUAUCCGCCGCAAGAAAUUGUGGAACGUGCUGAGCAAGCCUUUGCUGAAGGUUGCUGUGAAAUAUGGUUAACAUCGGAAGAUACUGGCGCAUACGGGCGAGACAUUGGCACUUCACUGCCAGAACUUUUGUGGCAACUAGUUGAAGUCAUACCAGAACACUGUAUGCUGCGUGUAGGUAUGACUAAUCCACCUUACAUACUGGAACAUUUGGAAGAAAUUGCCAAAGUACUGAAUCAUCCAAGAGUAUACGCAUUUCUUCAUGUACCCGUGCAAAGUGGAAGCGACUCAGUUUUAGGGGAUAUGAAACGCGAAUAUUGCCGUAGUGAAUUCGAGCAUGUUGUUGAUUUUCUUCGCGCCCGUGUACCAGGAGUCACCAUUGCCACUGACAUAAUUUGUGGGUUUCCAACAGAAACAGAAGAAGACUUCGAGGAAACAAUGCAAAUGUGCGCCAAAUAUCGCUUUCCUAGCUUAUUUAUCAAUCAAUUCUUUCCACGACCCGGUACACCAGCUGCCAAAAUGCAACGGAUACCAGCACAUCUGGUAAAGAAACGUACAAAACGGCUAACAGAUCUAUUUAACAGCUAUUCACCAUAUGAUGGUCGCGCAGGCGAAGAGUCCACAGUGUUGGUAACGGAAAUAUCACACGAUAAACAACACUAUGUCGGACAUAAUAAAAGCUACGAACAGAUUUUGUUGCCUAUGCGGGAAAAUCUGCUUGGCACUGCGGUGCGAGUACGCAUUUCAGACACCAGCAAAUUCAGUAUGAUGGGAGAAAUCAUUGACGAUGAAUCUGAUUGGACACGCUGUACUGUAAAACAGGAGCAGAAUGGUCACAUUCAAAAUGGCAAGAUAGCAAGCCCUUUGGAGAGUGAGAGUGAAAAAGAGGACGUCGUACGCAAGUAUGUCGGUUUCGGAUUGAUAUUACUGUUCAUAGCGUUUAUGUUCCAAUUGUUGAUUAAGUUUUUAUAGUUAUUUAAAAAACAAUAAAACAGCGCUAAAGAAAAAACACAUAA